AUGGGGCCGCUCAUGUGCCGCGGAGGCUGUCGAGUGCUGGGUGUUAGAUGGGGCCGCUCAUGUGCCGCGGAGGCUGUCGAGUACUGGAUGUUCGAUGCGGGCGGUCUCGAUGUGGGUGGUUUCGGUGCGGGGGGAGGACCUGCUUCGUUGCGAGGGGGGAUCGUGCAUAAGAAUCAAGGUGCUGGGAAAAUGGGCGGGUGGUUUUGGCUGGGUGGUUGCAUGUACUCGGCGCGUAAGGGGGGUGGUAUCUCGCAACUUCAGUAUGGCAUUUCUUUGAGGAACAUUGUUUCGGGGAAGCGCGGCAUAGCAAAAUAUCGUGCAAUGGGUUUCGUUCCAACAACGUCUAUGAGAGGGGUGGCUUCCUGUACCUGGGAUGAGGACGGGUCUACCAUAAUGAUUCCGAGACGCUGGAUGAAGAGGAUGAUCGUUCCUACGAGGAAUCCGGUCUUAUCUCACGAGUCUGUCCGCUGCGUAAGGAUAAUCGGGUGGGAUAAGCAGUCUAUAGGCGUUCACCCUGAAUAUUGCGUCCCUUUAAAUGUGGAUUACGACGGGGAUGAGGUCAACGUUCAGAUUGUAGAUGGUCGGAAGUGUGAACAGGAGGCACGGUCGAGUAUAGAUGCCAACGCGCUGUCCAAGUUCUCGGAUGAAAAUGUUGAGAGGGCUCUCCGUGAGUUCAGGGAUGGGUUGACGGCCGACUCCUUAGAUGUUUGUGACUUCAUGACGUUUUCCACGAUGAGUAUUACGCAGGCUGGUUCUAAGAGGCCUAACACGAGUCUUCACCGGCUGUGUCGUUGCAAGGAUGAACUCUGGGAUAUAAUUGUUGAUGGCGUGGAUAACACCUUCGAUCGUAUGUCCUCGUUCGUUGCGAGAUCUAUAAAGGGGGGUGCAUGA